UUAAUUAUUGUUGAACUGCGGUCCAAGUAAAAUUUGAAAUUACAGAAAUAGAAAUAUUGAUUUCUAAAAUUAUAACCAUUUUUUGACUCCGUGAUUUCGAUUCUAGAUGCUGCGUUUAUCGCUUAGUCUUUUAAAAUGUGUUACAAUUUUUAUUUACCUAGCAAAAUUUGCGUUUGCGAAAGAUGCGAACGUAUUAAUGACCGAGGUUUUCCAAAUAGUAGUCGAUCCUCCCCUUUUUAACUGGACCUACGAGGGUAGAAGGGACCAAUUCGUAUACGAGGCGUCCCUUCUCAAUGCGCCGGAUUUACCGUCUUGGAUCCACUAUGUAUACAGCGAACGUCAUCACUCUGGUUACUUGUACGGGGUGCCCCCGAACAAAAACAAAGCUGUCGUUCCACUCGAAGUCGUCGCUCUCAAUAAACACAAUUACGAAACGCGAGUCAAAAACAUAAAUGUUAUUAUCUCCGAGAAGCUGAAUCCGGCUAAAUACGAGCUGCACUUGAAAAUCGACAAUUUGAAUGUGGAAGACAUGUUUGAAGUCGAUCGCAUGGACGCAUUAAAAGAUAUUUUUAGGAAACAAUUGUGGCGCGACAGUGACGAGGAUCUUUACGUUACGUUUCUCGAGUCGGCGAUCGAGAUGGGCGCACGGAAGCCUUUGAAUCCAAGCGAAGGAGAAGGGGUGAUCGUGAGGUUCGGCAGCGAAGUGGUAUUUUCGUCGGAGCUGUUGGAGCUUCAGGAGGAAGUUAGACCUUUGUACAAAGUUUCACCUUGUCCGAGAGGAUUCAAGAAGACGUCGGUCGAAAGAUAUUUUAAAGAGGCGGGUUUCUCAAUGGACUGGUGCUCGUUUCGGCUGAUUCGAAGGGAUGAAAACAAUAAUUCGGCCAUGCACAAAUCGAAUCACGUCAACACCGAGGAAGACGCCUAUGAUGAUUAUUGGAGGCCGAUUUCGAGGGACGAACUACCAAAAAGGAGUUAUAUGAAGGAGCUCUUGCUGACAAUUACAGUACCUACUUUUGUUAUGGUUAUAUUGGUGCUGAUCCUGACGUUCGUUUUGUGCUUUCAUCACGACGAUUUAGACGAUGAGGAGAGCGACUUUUUUCUAGAUAAUUUGUUUCACAUUUGUAUAGACUGGUACCAUGAAAGAAUCGGCUUAUCCGAAGAAACAGUCGAGUCCGUCACCCCCCACCAGCCUGCAUCGCAAUUCUCGACUUUCAACAGCGCGGACACUUUUCACAACUACCUCAACAGUAAAGAGGCUCAUUCUUGCGCCGACGCGGCCAUCAAUUGCGGCGUCCAUUGUAGGCCGAGCCCUCCGCCUUACGUAAGGCCCAAAUUCAAGCCCGAAUUGUGACAGGUGGUAAAAAGCGACGUCACGGAGGAAGACAGCAAGACGUGGUACUGCUAGCAACCCGUACCACCUGUGGAGAAGGUGAAUUGAUGUCUAGUAGCUGCCAGGUGAAAGAGGAGCCAGAAUAAUGCUUUAGAGUAGAUAGUGUACUAAAUUUAUCGAAAAAUAGAUAAAUGCAGUAUAAGCGAGAGUUUCAUUUUAAGCCCAUCGUACUGUACUGGGCGGUGCAUUAGCUGCCCUGUACUGGGUGGUCCAAAUUCGAGGGGCCUCUGUUACCUAAAGCAUUUGCAGCAUAGUUAGCCCAAAACUAAAGUGCACGUUACGGGUUACAGGGUAAUUCUCAAAAAUGUGCGAUUUUAAAGGCCCUCUAUAACUUUUUUAAUUGUCCGUAUAGAGUUUAGCAAAAAGAAACAUUUUUUAAAGUUUUUUAAGCGGGAAUCUAUCUAUUUUACCCGAGAUAUCACAC